AUUUUGCGUCCAGUAACCAGGUCGCAGGCAAGUUUGCAGUUUAGAUCCAUUACCAAAUACACGAGAGCACGAAUUGACAGAAUCACCGAAACUCCCUAACCCGUCACAAUAAUAUGCUGGACUUGUAUAGGCGCACAGUUACGCGAUUUCCUUUGGGCAAUGUCAGUUACAUGUUCGCCUAUGGCUCCGGCGUUAAACAGCAAGUGGGCUAUAAGCAAAUAGAGAAACAGCCGGACCCCAAGAGCGUGAUCGAUUUGGUGUUCUGCGUGCGUGACUCUCUGGGCUUUCAUGCGGAAAAUCUACAUCGCCAUCCAGGGCACUAUUCGGCAUUGCAGAAUUUGGGCGCCAAUUUUGUGGCACAAUACCAGGAUCGCUGGGGCGCAGGUGUUUAUUUCAAUACGCUAGUGCCGCUGCAGGAUUUGGGAAUAACUAUAAAAUAUGGCGUAGUGAAUGAGCAAAACUUAAUGGACGAUUUGUUGAAUUGGCGCUAUUUGUACCUGGCUGGGCGUCUGCAGAAACCAGUUACGCAUCUCGUUAACCUCACAGACAAUCCUCGUCUACAGACGGCCAUUGAUAAGAAUCUGCUGUCGGCACUGCAGGCAGCGCUGCUGCUCUUACCAGAGAAGUUUACUGCCUAUGAACUAUUCCAUGCAAUUGCUGGACUUAGCUAUAAGGGCGACUUUCGCAUGAUCUUUGGGGAGAACAAACAAAAGGUGCACAACAUUGUUUUCCCUCAGGUGUCUGAGUUCUUUCAUCUGUACCAGCCUGCCAUGAGCACAUUGUCGGAGUACUUAGCUGUCAACUUGCAUGGACAGGAGCCAAAAUCAAACAAGCCAGCAAUAGUAUUUGAGCAGGAUAAAUCGAGCCGAGCUACAGCAUACCAUCUGCAUCGUUUACCACAGGAGCUGUGCCGCCGUCUGCAAAGCAAUGCCGCCUGUCAAGGCGACUAUGCAGAGGUUGUGGAGCACCUGUCCAUGGCGCCGCUUUUGCCCAAAAUAUUGCAAGUGUCUGUCAAUGAUAUUGUCUGGCGCAGCAGUGUGACGCAGUCGCUCAAGAAUAUUGCCAGCGCAGGCGUUUUCAAGUCACUAGUCUAUAGCUAUCGCAAGGCCAAGAAGACCUUUGCCGCCGUUUAGCUCUAAAUGCCAUGCUUCACCU